UCGACGGUGCGAUGGGAAACUCCGACUCCUCGUCCGCUCUUGAGCACUCGGUCCCUGUGGACACGGCGACCGAAUCCUCGACCCGGGACAAUCCACUCAAGUUCAGGCGCCAGAACUUCGAGGAAAUCCGCGACCAGUGCCUGCGUGAUGGCCAGCUCUUCGAAGACCCCACAUUCCCCGCGGACGAAGGGUCUCUCGGCAAGAUCGAUGAGUCCCGCAUCAAGUGGCUCCGACCCGCAGAACUCUUUGCAAAUCCUCGAUUCUUCGUCAACUCAUUCAGCACCACUGAUAUCGUGCAAGGGAGACUAGGUGACUGUUGGUUCCUGGCGGCCAUGUCCUCACUGACGCUCAAUGCUGAUCUUUUCACCUACGUGGUUCCCAGCGACCAAGGUUUCCAGGAUCACUACGCCGGUGUCUUCCGCUUUCGGUUCUGGCAGUAUGGGAGUUGGGUGCAGGUAGUUGUCGAUGAUCGUCUCCCGACACUGAAUGGAAACUUGGUCUUCACCUGCUCCUCCUCUGGGAAUGAGCUCUGGAGUGCUCUGCUGGAGAAAGCCUAUGCCAAACUGAAUGGUUCCUACUCCAGUUUGCGAGGUGGGCUGGGCUCUGAGGCAAUGGAGGACUUUACUGGUGGCAUUGCUGUGACCAUUGAGAUGCAUUCCACCAAUCCCGGGGAGCUGUGGCACCUCUUGAAGCGCGCCCUCCAUAAGCAGACCAUGAUCUCCUGCUCCAUCAAGGUCAACAACCACAACGAGAUUGAGAAGGACCAGGGUCUAGGUUUGAUGGCCUUGCAUGCUUACGCUAUCGUGGAUGCAGAGAAGGUAAGGAUGCCCAACUCUUCCAUAAAACUCUUCCGGCUGCGGAAUCCGUGGGGUCGGGUGGAAUACAAUGGACCCUGGAGUGACAGGUCAUCCAAUUGGAAGGAAGUCAGUGAGGAGGAGAAGACCAGGCUAAAUCUGAAGAUUAGUGAGGAUGGCGAGUUCUGGAUCCCAGCAGAUGUUCUCGUUGCAAACUUCAGUUCAGUAGAGUUGUGCAGUCUCAACCCUCCCUGCCAGGACAGGACCGAUUGCAUUUGGGCACUCACCAGCCUUGAAGGGACAUGGAUGUCUGGAGUAAGCGCUGGUGGAAACAAGAACAGUGACCUGUUCGCCAGAAACCCACAGUUCAGGCUGACGCUGCUGGAAGAGGAUGAGGAGCUGCUGGACGGUAAGCCCUGUUGUACCAUCAGCGUGCAGCUUCUGCAGAAACACUGUCGCAAGAAGGAAGGGAUUAAGCACCUGCACAUUGCAUUCGACAUCUACACGGUGAGUAAAUCAUAUGUAGAUGGGACGUCUCCCUUUGGUCGUACGUUCUUCCGUCAGCAUUGGCCAGUGUUCAGUUCAGGUGCUUACAUCAACUCUCGGUCCGUGUCGAGGCAUCUGCAGCUUCCCCCAGGACAGUAUUUGAUUGUGGCAUCCACCUUCAACAAGAACGAGGAGGGGGAGUUCUUCCUGCGCAUCUUUGCGAAGAAGAAAAACAUGUCCAGAGAGAAUGGGCUUACCGUGAACAACUUUGAUCCAAAGGUCAAUCGGGUGGAUACUCCUGUCGCUGGUCGAAGCGCCCCAGAAUUUCUGAAAGAGAACCACACCCUGAGUGCUCCAGAAUUCAUGGAUUUCUUCAAUUCAGAGGCUCCGAAACGUUUCCAGCUGAGUCUGGACACCUGCUGCAGCCUGGCAUUCACCGUCAAUGACCCUGGUGAGCAGGGGCGGCUGGCUCUUCGAGAGGCCAAGCUAAUCAGGGCUCAUAUCCACAAACUGCAGGAGAUCUUUGACCGUUACGCCACUUCUGAGUCUGGGCUGAUGAACUCCAGUGACCUCCGACCUGCCCUGACCCACGCAGGAUUCGAGCUGAACUCGCAGCUGUACCAGCAGCUGUGGCUCCGACACCAGACAGAUGGGACCCUCGACUUCAGUCACUUCAUCUGCUGCGCCACCAAACUGCAGAAGCUCUUCCAAACGUUCGAGAAGCUGAAGAAGGAGACCAGAGAAAGCUGGAGUGUGGAAGAGUGGCUGCUACUCUUUAUUGGCCUCUAAGGUGCGGGGAUCCCAGGAACCACCUGGGACUGUCUGGAGAAUCCCAAUUCAAAUGGAAAUCCAACCUCAGUUAUAAUUCAGAUCUUCAGCUUUUUGAUAGCCACUGCUUUGGCACAAUAUAUUCAUGCGAAGAUAUGAUUGUUUUGUUUUAAAGAUUGAAAAGCCCAGCAUUAAAGCCAAACCCUGUUUGAGAGAAAAGCCUUAGCUUCAGAAGAAAUGCUCUCUAAUCAUGGUGACUCCUGGUAAAUCUCCUCUGCACCCUCUCUAAAGCAUUCAUGUCCUUCCUUUAAUGAGGCAAGAAGAACUUUGUGGAUAUUUGAGGAACUGAGGCACAGAUGCUCAGAGCAGGGAAAUGCCAUUGGGGUAGAUCAACCAUGAGGUCGAAUCGUCUCCUUCUGGCCCUUUUUCAAGUAAAGUUGAAAUAUAUAGUCAGUCAGACAAGUAAGGUGGCAGAUUUUUUCAACGACAGAAGAGACCAUGUUAUUUUUUCUUUGAACAACAACUCUUGUGCACAUAUCUGUCUUUGGACUGAGUUCACAUUUUAAUUGCAGUGUGCGUUGAAUUUAAGUACUGGUAAUGGUGGAAUUUGACCUCCUGAUGGAUGAAUGGUAAAUUAAGAGAAGCAUAAAUAGGGUGGAUAGACAAAAUCUUUUCCCCACAGUUAUAAUAUUAAAAACUAGAGAGCGCAGCAUUAAAGUAAGAGGAAGGUGUCAAACUUCAGUUUAUUGUCAUAGGCACAAGUCAAUGGUAAACUUACUUGCCAUACCAUCACAGGCACACAUCGUCAGAUACACAUCAUCAGACCCACAGCAUCAGACUGACAGCAUCAGAUACACAGCAUCAGACCCACAUCAUCAGACCCACAUCAUCAGACCCACAGCAUCAGACCUACAGCACCAGACCCACAGCACCAGACUCACAGCACCAGACUCACAGCAUCAGAUACACAUCAUCAGACCCACAGCAUCAGACCCACAGCACCAGACUCACAGCAUCAGAUACACAUCAUCAGACCCACAGCAUCAGAUCCACAGCAUCAGACCCACAGCAUCAGACCCACAUCAUCAGAUACACAUCAUCAGACCCACAGCAUCAGACCCAUAGCAUCAGACCCACAGCACCAGACUCACAGCAUCAGAUACACAUCAUCAGACCCACAGCAUCAGAUACACAUCAUCAGACCCACAGCACCAGACUCACAGCAUCAGAUACACAUCAUCAGACCCACAUCAUCAGACCCACAUCAUCAGACCCACAGCACCAGACUCACAGCAUCAGAUACACAUCAUCAGACCCACAGCAUCAGAUACACAUCAUCAGACCCACAGCAUCAGAUACACAUCAUCAGACUCACAGCAUCAGAUACACAUCAUCAGACUGACAGCAUCAGAUACAUAAAAUCUGAUACAAUUUUAAGAAAAACAAAAAUUAUACACAAUUUUUACAAGAAAGUACAAUUGGAACAAAAAGCAAUGUCUGCACAACAUUGUGGGCCGAAGGGCCUAUAAUGUGCUGUACUAUUCUAUGUUAAAGUGGCCAUAGUGUUGGAUUGCUGAGGUUGUGCUUAGGGCCGUGCAGCAUCUUGAUAGCUGAUCCUGAAGCUGGUGAUGUGGGACAUCAUGCUGUAUCUCCUGCCCAAUGGUGGCUCUGAGAAGAUAGAAACAUAGAGAAUCUACAGGCCCUUCAGCCCACAAAGCUGUGCCGAACAUGUCUUUACCUUAGAAAUUACCUAAGGUUACCCAUAGCCCUAUAUAUUUCUUGACAUCCAGGAGUCUCUUAAAAGACCCUGUCGUAUCCGCCUCCACCACCGUGACUGGCAGCCCAUUCCACGCACUCACAACUCUCUGAGUAAAAAACUUACCCGUGACAUCUCCUCUGUACCCACACCCAAGGACCUUAAAACUGUGCCCUCUUGUGUUAGCAAUUUCAGCCGUGGGGAAAAGCCUCUGACUAUCCACAUGAUCAAUGCCUCUCAUCAUCUGGCUACUCAAGUCACAUGGGUGUGAUUGGAUAGCAUGGGUUCAUUGGGGUGGAAGGGUCUCUUAUUGAGCCGCAUCUCUAAAUUAAAUCAACAUUUCUCAACACAAUCUAUUUUCACCAAGUCAUCAAAUAUAUUGCUAAAGGUGUGGGUUUAUUUCUUCACGAUAGAGGGAUGAGUGGGAACAAGAUAGCAUCAUGUACCUGAAUCACCAUCGAUAACUCUCGGAGACGUGAGGCAAGAUAUAGGCUUUUAUUGGCUGGAAGAAAGCACAAGCAGCAAUUGACCACCACACUGCUUCCUGGAGACUGAGGGCAGGGCUGAGGCCUCAAUCGUCUUUAUACCGGGGUCAGUGGGAGAAGUCAGUGGGGGGGCUUGUCCAGACAGGUAUAUGUUAUUCACCACAGUACCAUUAGCUAAAAUCAUACUCAUAGCUGGAACAGGCACAAAGAGAUAUGUAACCUUUCCUCUUCCUAUUUCUGGUGGGUCACAGUUCCCCCAGUCAGGGUUGCUCCAAAGUGCUGCAGAAGCUGACUAAGUCAGCGAAAAGGUCACAAGAGUUUACACACUUGCUGCGGCCUCAUAAUUGUGAUGGGAUUAGCAAUGAAAUUAAGCCCCUGCUUAAUACAGUUGUAAAGCACUUAAUCUGGAACAUGGAAUCUAGAAAAGAGGGCAUUCCUGUACCCAGAGUCAUCUGCUGAUUUUUGUGUAAGCCAUAUCAUAUCGCUAGACAUGCAUUUCUUAAUAUAUCUACACUUUCAUUAAAUGUUUACACUAACAGCCAUA